AAAGAUAGCAUCACGCCGUUAGUUCAGAGGAUUCUUGCCGAUCCGCUUCGUUUUAUACCGGCAAAGUAUCAAGAGACCCAUACAAACAGACCGUCAAGUUACAUCAAAAUAGGCGCUUCACAUUCCAAAGAGCUCGUGCCUGAACGGGCAGGGCAACAGCAACAACAGCAGCCUUUGUUGGGCUCUGCAAAGCCUGCGAAUGACGAUGAGAGUAAGCCACGGCCGCGGUCUUUGGCACAUGCCAUUGCUGGCUACACAGGGAAGCGCGUGGAGAGCGUUUUGGCUCAAAGCGAGAACGAUGAGGACGUUGGAGAAUCUCUGGAGGGUGAGGAUGAGACAGCACAAGCUUCCAAUGAAGAUGAGGAGGCGCUGAGUGAAGAUGAGACGCCGCUGAGUGCUGAUGAGACGCCGCUGAGUGCUGAUGAGACGGCGCAGAGUGAAGAUGAUGAAGAGUCUUAUCAGGCUGAAGAAUCAAGAGAGUCAAGCGAAGAUGCUCAGCCAUUCCCGCGCAACUUGGUGAGUAAGAAGGUUUACGAACAGUUUCCUUCGGAGAACAGUGAUGAGUCGCGUACUGCGUCUACAACUUCUGAAGAAGAUACAGGGGAUGGCAAUAGCAAUGAUGAUGACGACGAUGACGAUGACGAAGGUGACGAAGAUUAUAACGAGGCACAGACAAACACCCAAGAGGAAUCCACAUCUGAAUCAUCUGAGUCCAGAGAAUCGUCACAAUCACCAGAUUCACCUUGCGCUUCUGAAUCACAAGAAGAUGAGAAUGAACUGCUGAAGAAAGAUUUGCACAGCAAAGCUACUAGCAGCACACCACCAACGACACCUGAAUCCGAUAGCGAGGAGGAUAAAGUGACAGGCGAUCCAAACGGAUCAACAGACGUGGAUAAGCGAUCCAAACUGGAUGACUUUUAUCAGAUAAACGAAAUCGCCAACGAUAGAGGUUCAAACCAUUCACAGCGUAUUGUCAAAAACUGGGGUGUCAAUCUCCAAUUGCAGAAACCCGUGGGGCUCUUGAACCACGGAGUCACCUGUUAUACUAAUGCUGCAGUCCAGGCAAUGGUUCACAUCCCGGCAGUGCAACACUAUCUGAACGAUAUUUACAAGAAUAAGUACAAGGACACGAUUAGCCAAAGAUCUGUGAGCCAUGUGUUGGCUGAAACCUCUGUCAGAAUGUGGAACCCAGAUAAGAAGAGAAGUGCAAAGUAUAUCAAUCCAAAGAAGUUGGUUUCAAGGUUAGACGAUAUCAAUUGCAUGAUGUCUGAGUGGCAACAAGAGGAUUCCCAUGAAUACUUCAUGUCGUUACUGUCAAGAUUGCAAGAGGACUCAACACCAAAGGGACACAAGCUGAAUGAAAGUAUAAUUUACGACAUCUUUGGAGGAUUGCUGAAUCAAUCCGUGACGUGUAAAAGCUGUGGCCAUGUUUCAAAGACACAGCAGGAGUUUUACGAUUUGUCACUUCACUUGGGGUCCACAAGGAAGAAUUCUAAUAGCAAUGACAAUACACAGGAGGACGCGGAUCAACCUUCUCAGAGAUACUCCAUACAAAAGUCAAUCAGAGACUUCUUCUCGCCAGAGCUGAUCAAACCCGAUAGAUCUGAUACGAAGAGUGGCUAUGUCUGCGAGAAGUGUAAGCAACGUACCAAUGCAAUCAAGAUUUCCAGUAUUGAUCGUGCUCCAGAGACACUGGCCGUUCAUUUGAAAAGGUUCAGAUUUAACGGAUCAUCAUCGUCCAAGGUCAAGCAAGGAGUGUCGUACCCUUUGAUAUUGGAUCUGUCACAGUAUACCACAAGGGCAGAACCUGUCCUGUAUCAACUCAUCUCUGUUGUUGUACAUGCCGGUCGCUCUGUAUCAUCUGGUCAUUACAUUGCACAUUGUCGUCAACCUGACGGAACAUGGGCUACGUAUGACGAUGAGUACAUCAAUCCAAUAUCUGAAAAGCAGGCCUUGAAGGACUCGUCAGCAUACUAUUUGAUUUACACUCGUCUCACACAUAAGGAUAACAUCAAAAAACCAACACCUUUG